CUGAUAUGGAGACCGUCGUCGCACAGAUGUGGCAAGAAAAACGGUUGUUAUGGACUUAACUCAUUGAGAGGGUUGGUAAAACAAGAAGUAGUACCCGAAAUUUCGAAAUAUGGCAGAGUUCGAGGAGGCAGAGAUCGAGCGGAACCUCCGAGAGUUUGUCCUGGCGAGGACCGCCGAGCCAGUGUACCUGGAACUGAGGGAAGGUCUCAUAAUCAUCCGACAUGUGUCUCGAUACGGCUCCAGCAUUCUGGCUACCUUCUGGACAAAGGUUCUUCAGCACCCAAAUAACUACCCGCCACUUCGGUUCCCUUACAAGAAGCUGUACGACACCAGGGGGCUGUGGAAGGUUGUUCUUCAGGUAGAAGACGUGAUCAUCACCAUCUUCACCAAAACCGGCACGAUCACCUUCAAGGGAAUUUACGCCUUGGAGUGGUUCAUCAACAGGUUUCAGAGGAUAUUGAAUGGUUACGAGUCGUCAGUACAGGGGAGCCAGUCGCUGAGCCGAAUACACACUUCCAUUGCGUCUGAUAAGCCAGGGAGAGCCAGUAGUAGGAAUCUCAGACGUGAUCUUGAUGUCUGCUCGGAACAACGACUGUCUAGCAGACUUAGCACUGGGCGAACAACGAGUAAACGUCGUGAAAUCGCUAAAGAACCUUCACCGAGAACAGGUUCGGAGCAUAAUCAGGUGACGGCCCAAGGUAAUAGCAAAACGCAGGAAGUGGUGUCAGAAACGGAACACAUUGAUAACGCUAGUGAAGCUGAAAGGACAGACCAGAGUUCAUCAGCAACGAAAACCAGUGAGGAGACAGUAAAGGGUAUUGACGAAGGCCCCUGUCCACAGGCCCAGGCGUCACCAUCAGCAGAUGAUCCGACAGAAGCUUGUUCAAAUGAUGAGCAUGUGGUCAAUGAUCUUGUAGACUUGUCAGAUGGGCCCAAACCGUCCGCUACGACAGAAGCAUCCUCUGGAACUAGUUCUUCUUCGGGCGACGAAAAUGGACAAGACUCUGCAGAUGUUUCGUGUUUAAUACAGAAAGCGAAAAAUGUUGUCUUUGAUCUCAUUGAUGACGACGAAAGUUUCCCCGCUGACGUGAAAGUUACGAAUGGUUGUGAUAUAGUUAACGAGGGUGAACGAUACAGACAAGAGUGGCUUCAGCUGAAUGAAACACUGAAGAUUCAAGAUUUAGAUUUGUGGGUUGGUGAUGAGCUGGGUGUCGAACUACAAGCGUUAACAACAGGCUGCGGUAGGGAAGGAUCAACAUACGUGUAUCCACUGUGGAGGUCAUUAUUGCAUAAGUUUAUGUCAACCCAAGAUUGCAAGAUAUACAUGGCAUCGCCAUAUAUGGAUAAACCCCGCCUUUUGGACAUAUGCCUAGCCCUCUUGCGGAACCGAUUGACAGCCUGCGUGGACACAGUAUGUGUUCAGCGUCACUGCAACUCAGCGCAGCUCAUUUCCGACCUGAAGAGAUCGGUGGUCAGGGAUUUCACCACAACCGACCAGGUGUUAAUAGAAUACAAGCUCUACAGUUCCUUUGUGUAUCCAUUCCGGCGGUUCCACUAUAGUUUCCUUGCAGGCGUUAAAAAUGCCGUUGCCGAAGUAAUGGUUACAACUGCUGAUUUCCACGCCGACCAUUUUGAUAGUGACACCCUGGACUUUGUCACGUAUCAGAAGAUGUCCGAAGAUGAAUUCAGAAUCCGUUAUCUUGGUCCACUAACACUGCGAAACGACAUUCCGAGUAUAUAGUCAGCCACAGUAUUUUUUUCCUAUUGCAACUAAACCAUAUAUAUCAUAUGACCAUCUAUAUAUAAUAUGAUAAAUAUUGUAAUGCUACACAUAUUAAUAGUUGUAUGUAACAGGUUUUUCCUCUCCGAUUUUUGCGUUCAGUAUUAACGUACAUGUUUUUAUAGGUGCAGAUAGUUAACUAAUUUUUAACUGUCAUGAAAAUACAUGUAGUAACGAUGAUAUUUUAGAUUUCCUGUUUUGUAUUAUAUUUGUUUAUUUUAAUUGUACUUCAGCCAUUUCUGUGAAAUGUAACAUAUAUCCAAAGCACUAAGUGGAGAGUGUGGAAAUUGUUGUAGAUCUGAUAAACAGGUAGGUCCCUAUAAUAUCUUCUUUACAUAUCUUCUUAUUCUUGGUUAUUAUACCUUAAUUGGAACAAUGGCUACGGCUGUUUUGUUUUCGUUAGGAGCUGUGGUGAAUGGCCGCUAUAUGGCUAUAUGACAGAUGUAUAUAUCGUCAAGGGAUGUGUUGAUACUGUGUAAAAGUAUAUAUAUUAAAAUGCUAAUAAUUAUUUUACAGACAAGAAAGCAAUAGCAAUAUAACAAAAAAGUUUGAUAAGAGGAACACGUUAUACGCAAAAGAUCGUACAUAUUUGAACUGAUUUAUGCAUCGAAAUUUUUAAAACAAACUGAGUAAUGAUGUUAAUCACAUGGUAACUGUUCGGACGCAUUUUAUUAUACCCGUCUGACUCUUAUAUUGUUACAAGAUAUUUAUAUAUAUGUUUCUAUUAAUUUUGAUCUUUUCAUAGUGUAAAAUGUUUACAUAUUAUUUAAUUUAAUAAAUAUGUACUAUGCAAUACAUUUACUUAGCAGCAUGGUGCAGAAGUUGUAAUAGUAGCUUUAUUUUAUACUUCUCUUACUCUUAUAUAAUUGUGAUAAUUGAAGAUUAAGCUUUUAUAUAAAUUCCCUCUGUAUAUUCGUGGCUUUGGGACGUUUCACGUGAUGCUGACAAAGAUUAUAAAACGCUUAGAAUUGUUGAUGUUUUAGUGUGUAUGUAAUGCCACUUCUCA